AUGAGUGAAGUCCGGCUCUCAGGGGAAGCGUUCAAGCCAGAGGAAACUGCAACCGUAGAUAAAAUUCACUCCCGAGCGCAGAACGCAGACCUGAACUCCCGGAGAAAAGAAUGCCCAUCCAAGCCCGUUCGAGAAACACAGCCAGCCGAACACCGCACCCGAACUCACAUCAAAAACAACAGCCCUUCCCAACGAGGACUGGGAAAGCCUCCCUCGAAGACCAGGCCUCUGAGUGAUCGCAGCAGCAGCAGCAGCAGCGACAACCCCGAGCCCGACUCCUCGGAAUAUAAGAUGUUUCUCUCCUUCCUUCUCCCGAGGCAUUGUCUACCGCGUCAAAUUUUACUCAUAUUUUUGUCACAGAUUUAUGUUUUGCAUGUAAAGAGAAAAUUUUACUCAACACCAGAAUUAUACACAUCUCUUGCAGCCACAUUGCAGAGUGCCACAGAUGCAGAAGGGCCACCAAGUAUUGAAGAAUCGGAUUCAGCUCAUGCCUUAUUUGUACGAGCUAUCUACCUCGUUUGUCACCGAUUGAUAUCGUCGUGGAAGAGUGAUGUAAACGUGUCUCUGGCGGGACUAGAACUGCUCUCUGGGCUCGCUCGACUCAAUAUAGCUGAGCAAGAUGGAUUAGAAUGUAAGCGUGCUGUGAAGUGGCUGUGCGAUUACAUAGCUUACCAGUGCUCUAGACCCCCUAGAGCUCACUCAAAGGAUCUUCAUUCAACCAUUGUAGCAGCAUUCCAUUGUGCGAGUGUCUGGCUAGUGGCACACCCAUAUCUUUUGCAAGACAAAGAGUGCCUUGCAACAGUUCUAGAGGUUGUUGAACUUGGCAUAUCGGGAUCCAAAUCACAGGUAAAAUCAAGUGAUGCCCCAAGACUCAAGCAUGAAAAGGAACUAAAACCAGCUAGCAUGAGGGUUAAGGAUGCUGCUGAGGCACUGCUCUCAUGUGUUUUAUCUCAGGUUGGAACUUUCCCAUCUGUGUGUGGUGCAGAAUCUCUCUCCUCCUUGCUUGAUGAAGUGACCCUGCUACGACACUGCAACACUUGGGGGGGCUCGGACCAGCUCACAAGGGACACUGCUGCACUCCAUUUCAGAUAUUUUGUGGCUCAGAACUCCAUAAUGCUGGCACUCUUAGAGCAGCCUCUAGGGAAUCAUCAAGACCCCCAGCCAACAGUUACUGCCUUGAUCCGCGGGCCUUUUGGAAGAGUGGUGUGGACCAUGCAGUUGCGACAUUUACCGAGACACAAGUCUUCAGCCAAGCUGUACACUGUUAAUCCAGGACGGCCAUUGCCAAUGAAUGAUGUUGGGAUUAAGCACAGUGUAAAACCAAAAUAUUUCCCUGAUAGUGUUGACAGGAUACCUCUCAGCAAAGCGGACAAGUCCAUUCCAUCUCUGGAAAGUGUAAUUUUGAAUGAUGAGAAGUCUUCUCUAGAGCAUGAUAAACUUUUGCAGAUUUUGGACCAUCAAGUUGCGUUUGAAGACAAUGUUCGGCAUCAGGUAGAAAGAGAGACCACAGAAUACCCGGACGUGGAAACAGAGUGCGCUGCGCCUCCUCUCUGCCACGAAUUCCAAACAGCCAGACUGCUCCUGUCGCACUUUGGAUUCUUGUCCCUUGAUGCAUUACAGCAGUCGGUAGAUUCAGCCGUUCCAUCCCUGGUGGCAUUGGACUCCAGUAUGGCUGGCUUUGCACGCGACCUAGACCUCCUAGACACGACCAACAACCGCACGAUUGACACGGCUCAUGUCUUUUACGUCCGUGCCGGCCAGAGCGCUCCCCAGGACAUUCUGCUGAACGUGGUUUCCUCCAACACUGUUCACCCUCACUUCCUUGAAUUCCUGACUGGGCUGGGAUGGAUGGUCAAUGUUUAUCAACACCCAGGCUGGACAGGACAUGUAUCUACAGCUUUUACUGUUACCACGCCACCUCAGGAAGUAAUAGCAGAUUUGAACCAUGGAGGCAGCUGCUUUAGUGGCCGUUCUCAUGUCCUUUAUUGGUCUGAUGCCCUGAGUGAGGUAGCCUUUGUAGUGCCGUCUCCAGCUAUAGCUCAACAGAAUCAAGGCAGUCAGCAGUCCCUAGGGAGUACUUCCAGUCCCGGUGGGAUUGUCCUGGACCCAAAUGAAAAGGUUGCUGCAGGAGGUGGAGGUGGAUCAGGAAGUGAGCGCUCUGACUCGCUCCCUUCUUACGAUCCAGAUGUUGAUGCAGGGUCGUCCCUCUCUUCACACACUUCACAGUUGUCUUUUGGACAUGGUGAAAAUAGGAAUAGGAAAUUUGGGAGACAGACAAGUGCUAUGGCAUGCAGUGACCACAAAGUGUUUAUUGUGUGGCUGGAGAGUUUUGAUGACUGCUACACUUUUCCAGCAAAUGAAUUGCUUCCUGAAACAGUAACUGGCAGGGAGUCAAGCUCAUGGAAGGAAAAGGAAGCUGUCAUAUAUAUUAUAUUCAUUCAUGCUCUCACAAAUGGACUCUUCAGGAUUAAACUGCAGGGUCAGAAUGCCAAAUUGAGCAUGGCUGGACCACUUGUGGAUGGCCAGGUUGUGAGCAGGCGUGUUCUUGGGACUUUGGUGAGACAGACAGCUCUCAAUAUGUGCAGACGUAAACGGCUGGAGAGUGAUAGCUAUCAACCUCCACAUGUUCAACGCAAGCUUCGCAUCCAGGAGAUGGUCCAGAAAUACAGAUAUGAAAUGAACGAGCCAGAGUUCUACACGCACCUCUUCACUAGUCCUCUUUGUUAAGAUUAGAGCUCCAGAGAUCUGCUAGGUGAUAGGCAGGAGGAUUUACUUGAAGUGCUUUUUUGUGAUAUAGUAUUGAAACCAAUUUAUGCUCUUCCAGGGAAUCAAAGAUGAACUUGCACUUAAUACCAAAGAAUAGAAUAUACUAUUAUUGUAUUUAAUUUGCUUGCAUUAUGUAUACACAAGUUAAUUAUUUUUUAACAUUUAAACAGAGCUUAAAAGUGGAUUAAGAUGAGGUUGUGGUUUUGUGUUUUAUGUUGAGAAGCUGUCAGACAUAGCUGUUGCAUUGUAAAUAAUGAGGUUACCUCUACAUAUACUAUUGUCUCUUUUAUGUUUUGUUAAUUAUUUAUAUUGUUACUUUUAGUUGAUGUUAUGCUUGACAAGCAGUAUUAGAUUCUUAAAAUAUGUGAAAAUGUAUUAUUUUCAAAUAUAUGUCAUCUUUCAUAGUAACUGAACAUGAUUUUUGGGCUGGAAUUGAGCCAGCUCAUAAGAAUUCUAAGUUGCUGUACAGAUCUAUUUCUCUUGUUUGUUUCUAUGAAACUUGGCUGCAGGGAUGGGAGAUGUUUUACUCACAGUGGAUAAACACUGAAGUAUUUUGGUAUGGAAACACUGCAGUUGUUUCAAAAUCAAUUUAGAUUUUGUCUUGUAAGAAAAAAAAAAAGCAAAUAUAUUUGCAAGUGCAUUUUCUGCCUCUUUUUACAAAAUUUAUUUAGAAAUACAUAAAUUCUGACAUGAUAAUUAAUUUGUUUUAAUACUUAAAUAUGUUAAUUAACACUUAAUCAAGAUGAAUAUUAAUUUAAUAUUAAUUGCAUUGUUGACUUUAUACUAUAUUUUUUACCUGUUAACACUUUCUCUCUUCAGAUUACAAAUUACAUCAGUAUAUUGUCAAUAAUGUUCUAUGUAUAAAAAUACAACAU